AUGCAACUUUCAACUUUAGGAAAUAUUAUCAGCGCUCUCGCUAUAACUACAACAAUAUUGCAGUUUUUCUCUGGCGCCCUCGUGUGCAAACAAUAUGUUCUUAAUAAAACAACAGCUGAGAGUUCAUCGCUUCCUUUCGUUUGUGGCAUACUAUGCUGCUGCCUAUGGUACUUAUAUGGAUCCUAUAAAAAUGAUAAUGUAAUAAUGAUAGUUAAUAUAAUAGGCAUAACACUAAUGAUAUCAUACACAGCAGUAUUUUACAAAUAUACAUUUAAGAAGUCUGUCGUUUUAAAACAAAUGUUGUGCUUGCUUAUAUUUUUGACUUUUAUCAUAAGUUACACUUACAUAGAAGAUGAUAGUCAAGCACUUUAUGUUACACUAGGUUUUGUAGCUAGCUUGUUUACGUUAGUAACAAUAGCAGCACCUCUGAGUAAACUAUUUCACGUUGUAAGAGUAAACAGCACGGAGUGUCUGCCCUUCCCAAUGAUUUUGAUGUCUUUCUUCGUAUCGCUGCUGUGGUUUCUCUAUGGGACAAUACAAGAUGAUAUCUUUUUAUGGCUUACCAAUCUAGUUGGAGCGAUUUUAGCAAUUAUUCAACUGUCGCUCUUUGCUAUAUACCCCAACAAGUGCCAGUCUCCAAGUUUAAUGAAGAAUAUAGUAGAAUAA